AUGACUCUGCGUGGGACAGCACCUCAUCUUUUACAGAUCGUUCCUGUGAGGAAUUUGGGCGAGGGAAGAAACCCGGAUGGAAAGACCAUCGAACUGACCGCAGUUGAACUUGUUAGGUGGGAGAUGUGA